AAGGAAGUGGAGCUGAACAACUCGCUUCGCUUUUCUGUGGGGCGGUUGCUGCGAGUUCAACCUCCUUAACUCACAGCUGUGCAGAGGGAGCAGAAAAUGAGUGCCCAAACGACCACCGAGCCCCCCAAAUGUUGCUUCUUCAACAUCAAGACAGCAACAGUGGCUCUAGGGAUCUUCCACAUGGUUAUGAGUGUUUUGCUGCUGAUUGAGUACUCCCUGGAGGUGGCGAGUGGAAAAGGCUUUUGCAAAGACCUGGACAAGGAUUACUACAGAAUUGCUGAUGUUCUCACCAGUUUCCUGUUGAUCAUCAUGCUGUUUAUCAUCAGCUUCAACCUCCUGCUCGGUGUGGUGAAGAAGAGGGAACGUCUCCUGAUCCCAUUCCUUGCUCUACAAGUCAUGGACUUUCUCCUCAGCCUCCUAACAAUGUUCAGUUCCUACAUACAAGUCCCUGCAAUCAUUUCUGUGUCCUCCCUUAGCCAUGCGCAGGGACACUCGAAGAUCCCUUUCCUGGCUCUGCAGCUGCUGGACUUCUGCCUGAGUAUUCUCACUCUCUGCAGCUCUUACAUGGAGGUCCCCACCUAUCUCAGCCUCAAGUCUUCAGACAAUGGGAGCUUAUUGCCAGCUGUGGAGAAGUCACCAACAGAGGAAUAUGCCAAAGUGAUGGUCACCUUCACCGUUGCAUUCAUUGCUGUCCUCUUCCUGAAGGCCUGUAUGUUCAAAUGUGUCCUGAGCUGCUUUAAGUAUAUUAAAGCCAGCAAGAGAGAGGAGGUAAAAGUUGACCCUCAAGCAAUUGAAAAGGUUGUGCUGCCAUCGUAUGAGGAAGCCUUAGAGCUGCCUUCCAAGGAAUCCCCACCACCCUACGUAGCAAUCUAAGCUUCACUCAUGAGGAGAAGAUGACAUCUGCAUUGCUAUUGGUGGCCCUUACCCCUUCUGUCAGAUAGUCUCAUUGAAAAGUCCUCACUUUAUAGCAAUAUCAUGCUUAUUACAGUCCAGCUCUCUUUAUGAGCCUACAGUGGUGGUGACCCACUGGAGUUGGUGACUUGUUCUACACUGGCAGUUUCGACUUUUGGUACUAUCAAGUUGCAGUGCUAAUUUUAACUAACUUGGCACCAGGCACCACAGGGGUUCCCAUCACUGGCCUCUGACAUCUGGCUAAUGUGAAGUGUAGGCACUGGCCUGAAUCCCUCAUCAGGCUUACUUUAUGACAGCAAGAUGCUGUUUCUCAUCUGUCUCACAUCUAAAUCAGCAGCUGAGACAUUUAAGAUGUGUAAUGGGGGGAAAACAAGCAAGAAGCUUUUCACUGAGACAGUCCUACCCUGAAGCUACGCUAACCAGCAUCCUUUAAUGAGGACCCUAUGGGAAAUGGAUCAGCUGAAGAAUGAAGAUUUCAAAUGAAUGAUGAUGCAGCUCUCAUCCUGUCUGCUUAUGAUGGUGAUUAAUAGUGUGUACUCCAGAGUACACAACAGCGAGCUGGGAUUGUCACAGUAUUGCUCUGCCAUUUUAUACCUGAGUGUUUGCCUUUUUUUUUUUUGCUUUUAGUGUGACUUGAAAGAUGGGUUUUAAUUAAAAAGAAGUUAAUGGCUUC